AUGCAAGCCUCACAACCUGUGCAGCAGCUGCCAAAGAUAAGCCUCGCAAACAUGGCCGCUGCAGACGACAGCUUCAGCUACUUAUUACCAGGAAGCAGUGAGAAGCACAGGAGGGCCCCCAACUGGACUGAUGGGGAAAUGAAGGCUCUCCUCUUCGUAUGGGAGGAAUUCCACAAUGAACUCAAGAGCAGCAAGAGAAACGCCAAAGUCUAUGAGAGGAUGUCCCAGAGGUUCUUCCAGCUGACAGGAGAGCAGCGCUUCAAAGAGGAGAUCAAGAUGAAAAUCACCAACAUGUCUUUCCAAUACAGGAGACUCAAAGCAACACAAGCUGACAACGGAGAGGUGCCAGAUUGGCCCUACUACAAGACCAUAGAGAAGAUUCUGAAUAAGCCAGUGGAAAACGGCAGAAUAAACAAUAUAGAGUUCAGCUCAGCGAUGGCGGGGCCUUCCACAUCUUCCCCCGGGGACCCACAGGUGCUCCACACAGAGGACGGCAUUGUGGAGUUCCUCCCCGAGUACACUGGCUCCUCAGACGAGAUGGAGAUCAAGCAAGAGCUGGACUCUCUCAGCUCUGACAGCGAGCUCCUGCAGGCCUCAAGCCUGCAGUCUUCAGGUAAGAAGCGGCUGCCGGACAAGAAGCAGCUGCACAUGAAGAGGAAGAAGCUACGUCUGAUGCAGUGCAUGCUGCAGGAGCAGCGCAGGUCAAGCCGAGCGCUGGAGGAGAUGUGCAGAGAGGUGCGGCGAGCGCUGCACCAGCAGAACCUGGUGCAGGUGCAGUGUCUGCAGAUGCAGGAGCGCAUGAUGAGCCUCAUGGAGAGAAUGAUCCAGCUGCCAACAUCUGCCAACACGGCACAGGCCAGACACCACGACUCCAACCACUGA